CGUAAUUUGAUAUUAUAUCAGCUAUCAUUAAAGGAAUAUUUUAUAGUUUUUAGAGAAUUACUACGUAUUCUUAAUUUCGUAUCUUAUUAAGUUAUUUUAUCAUGGCUGAAGAAGGUGGAGCUCCACCUGAUACUUCAGCUCCUGAAGCUGAAAAUGAUGAGACGGGUAAAGACCCUGCCGAAGAUAAAGAUGAAGAUGUCGAGAAGACAGGAGUGAAAAUUGAUGAAGUUGCUCGGCGUAUAUCAAGAAAACAGUCUAUGUUUCAAGCUAGCCAAGAAGAGGCAGAUGAAAUCCUCGAUGUUGAUAGAACUGCUUUAGAAGCAAUUUUAGACGUCAGCGCCCGUCUGAAAGACAUUCAAAAGAAAAGCAAGAUUUCAAUGAGUACUUUAGCUUUAGCACAUGAGUCGUACAAAGAUAAACAAGCAAAGGCAAAAGAGGCUCGGAACAAUAGAAUGGGAGGUUUGAAGACACAACAUAGGUUUUUGUUGGAAAAUGCUGCAACUAUUAUUAAUAAGUCUAUUGAAUAUGUUUUGGAAGGGGUGUAUGAUGCUGAUAUUCAUAUUGAUAUACUGGACAGUGCAGUAGCUGAAGGUGGCAGAAAUUGUGUAGUUUUGUGUGAUGCUUGGUUGCCACCUUUAAAAAUGGAAUCUGGUAGAUUUAUACCCAAUCAAAAAGGUUUGAUGGAAAGGACAUACAUAUCUGAUGGGUCUACUAUCGGAACUGAAGGCAUGUGUGUUGCCAUGUACAGAAUAAAAAAUAAAGCGAUUGAUACUAAAAAUGUUGCUGAUGACUAUUACUUGGUAUUCUUUGACAUGAAUCAAGAGUCCGAAAACGUGGUAUCUGGUAUCUAUAGAACGAUGAAACGUGUAUAUUUACCGGCUUUGAAUGUGUGUAAAGCAUGGGGUGAUCUUAACCCACCUAACCCGAGAAGCUCAGAAAUAAUCAACACAUACAUCUCCAAGAUAAUGCUUUUUACUGAUUAUCUUGAAAAAACAAAGAUCGAUCUUGAUUGCUGUACGAAGUUUAAAAUAAAUUUGUCGUUGUAUGAGGAAGAAUUGGCAGAUGCGGAGAAAAUGAAAUUGGCUAUAACUAAAACUCAUGUACUCGAAGAGAUAUGUUCUUUUGUAAAACAGUGGAAUAAGCAAAUUACAAUGGUUCUAGUACAAAGCCAGCAACUGCGUCGCGAGCCUUCGAACAUCGGUCCAUUGGCGGAGUUGGAUCAUUGGCGUAGACAACUUACGACCUUCACUUCAAUAAUCGAACAUAUUAAGAGCGAGCCGUGUCAAAUGUACAUCCAUACCCUUAUUAGGGCUAAAUCGAAACUAAUUAAGAAAUGGAGAUUAUUAGAUAAUCAAGUGACAGAUUUUUAUAAUGAGGCCUAUGAUAAUGUAAAAUACUUGUAUGCUUUGGAGAAAUACUGUGAGCCUUUGUAUCGUUGCGAUCCCCUAAUAAUGCAGCAGUUUAUACCUGGUUUAUUAUACACGGUCCGCAUGAUAUUCGCGACAUCUCGAUACUAUAACACCACAAAACAAAUAUCCACUCUACUCGUCAAAGUAACGAACCAAAUACUCAAUAUGUGCAUGGACUAUUUGACAAACAAUGGCAAGAAGACUAUAUGGAACCAAGAUAAACUGAAUUUUAUUAAUAAGGCUAAGUUAUGUCUCGGACUAUAUAGUUUUUACCGCGAAUGUUAUAACGAGACUCAACAAGAAAUGAUGGAAGCGGCUGAUGAGAGACCUUUUGAUUGCUCUGAAAUGUAUAUAUUUGGAAAAUUUGAAACUUUCCGAAGACGAUUGUUAAAGAUUAUAGACCUCUUCCAAACAUACAUUACAUACUACGUCCUUAAUAAGACGACGUUAGAAUCUAUCGAGGAAUACGCAGCUAAUUGUAAUAAACUUUUUAAGACGAUUUCAACUAAAACAUAUGAUGCCCUGGAUCAUAGACGCCCUGACUUUGACAAAGAUUAUAAAAUAUAUAAAGAUGCAAUUGCCACUCAGGAGAUCCUACUUGAAAAUUUUAUGAUCGCUAGUGUGAAUAAAUGUCCGACCACGGAAAUAGCUUUGAAUCUACUGACAAGAUUUGAAAAACUAAAACUGAAAUGCUUGUAUUUGGAGGACCAGUAUUAUGAUUUAAUCAGUACCUAUACAGGAGAAAUUGAAGCAAUACGAGACAGGUAUAAUGAGGAGCGUGAAAAUCCGGAACUCCCUAGAAACAUGCCGCCCGUCGCCGGUAGAGUUAUGUGGAUUCGUUUCUAUCAUAAAAAUAUUAAGGCACCAAUGAAAGAGUUUAUUAAACACCACGAAGUUAUAACACAUAUGAAUACCCAACGAUGUAUUAAGUUAUACAAUGUAAUGACGAUUGUAUUCACGGAAUUUGAACUCAUCUACCACAAAGCAUGGGCUGAAAAUGUUGGUCAGGUUCGAUUGGGUUUAAUAGCACCCCUUCUGAUUCGACACCCUGUGACUCAGAGAUACGUGGUUAACUUCAGUGUGUAUAUACCCGAGUGUAUACGAGAAGUGGAAUACAUGUGGCAGCUAGGAUUGAGUGUACCCGAUGCAGCGCAAAUUGUAGCAUAUUGCAAGGAGAAGAUAUUUAGCAGUUAUGAGAGGAUAAAAUAUUUGGUUGACAGAAAUGAUCAAAUACGACGGAGCAUGCCAAAGCUAUAUCUGCCACUACUACGAGCGCAGCUAGUUAAGCUAGAAAAGGCAUUUCAACCUGGAUUUUCGACUAUUACCUGGACUGCCCUGGAAAUUCCAGCUUAUUGUGAUAACAUUGAAUUCGUAUUGGAUGAAGUCGAUCUUUUUGUAAAGGAGGUCGUGGAUAUAAAGGAAGCGAGAAUCGAUGCAAUCUUUCUAUCAAUAACUAAAUCUUUGUUGGUAUAUUUGCCGGAGCAGGCUGUGGACCCUAAUAUAUUCUAUGAAGAGAAUCUAGUGAGACGCGAUGAAAUCGCUAGUGACCUGCAGCAAAAGUCGUGGAAUGCAGAACUCGCUGUAAUCGAACUGAUCAAUAAGUUUCUCGAGAGUGUGCCUUCAAAGCAAAUUCAGGAUUUGAGAAAUAACUGGUUAGAUACAGAGAAGGCGCUAAAGCAAGUUACAUCGGCAACGCGAGUUUUUCCUGAAGAUGCAGCAUUUCUGGAAAUCGAGAAUCCAGACCGAUUUGAACCAAUGAAUGCUAUUAAUGAAUGCAAUGAGCUAUUUGCAUAUUUUGCUACUAAAUGCCUAGAAGCGCUUAUAAAAUGCACUCGACAAAGCUUAGAUGUACUACGAAAGAGAGCUUCUGUAUCUAGUUUUCUGACCAUGACAACUGAUCCAGAAGAACAAAAGAAAUUAAAGCCGCUAAUGCUAACGAUGAUGUACUUGCAAAUACCCAGGAUACUAAUCAAGCCAACACUUGAAGAGAUACAGUCUGCGUUCUCUCAGGUUGUACUCAACUGUAUCAUGGAUAUUCACCGCAAUGUGUUCAUGUGGGGUCAGCAAGAUUUGAUCAAGAAGGAGAAGAUGGAAGGCGCCUCCAGUUUAUCAGCUGCUAGGAGUUAUACUGGAUCGAGAUCGGGUUCUACUAUGACAGGAGUGAGAAACUAUUUUCGAAUGGUCUCAGAACAUAAGGAUAUUGUAAGAGCAGUAAUGGCGCUACAAGGGAUGAUGUAUAUGUACAAACCAGAUAUUCAGAAAUUGCUUGUUGUAUAUGGGAAAUUCUCUCAUCUAUGGGCAGAGGAUAGGGUUCAGCAAGUACAAGCUUUUGUAGAUUCGAAUCCAUUGAAUGUUAUUAUUCGAGAUAUGUUGAAGAAGUAUGAAGCCCAGACGGACGAAGUAUUGAACCUUCCAGAGCGACAUAUUGUUGGAUCCAUUCAGAUUAAUUUAGAAAGUUUAAAAUUAGCACUACACGUCGAGUCUAUUGAAUGGAAAAGGAUUCUCGGCAAACUACUCAGUCAUGCCUAUAAGGAGCGAGUUGAUAAAUUGAUGACAUUUAUCAAAGACAAAAUGAAGGUUAUGAGCAAGAAAAUUAAGGAUUUGGAUGAUGUGAGAGUUGCUAUGCUAUGCCUCGCGUCGAUUAGAGAAGAGUUUAUUGGAAUGGACAUGGAACUCGACCUAAUAGAAGAAAGUUACACAUUAUUUGGUCAGUUUAAUAUUGACAUUCCUAAGGACGAUAUCGACAUGGUGUAUGGUUUGAGAUACUCAUUUCAGAAUAUGUUGCUAACCUCCCAACAAGUUCAACAACGUAUAGUUGAUAUGCAAGGUCCACUGCAGAAAGAGUUAACGGAGGGCGUGGCUACAUUCUAUGAAGACGUUCUUAAGUUUGACGCAGACUAUGACGCCUUUGGGCCCAUGACGCCCGGACUUUCCGCUAGAGAAGCCAGUGAUAGGGUAAUCAUGUUCCAAUCGAGAUUCGACGAACUUUGGAGACGAUUCGAAAUGUAUUCAAAUGGUGAGAAAUUAUUUGGAAUGGAAGUUAAAGAUUAUCCCAUCCUGCAUCAGAAGAAAAAAGAAUUUAAUCUACUUAGUAAAUUAUACAGUUUAUAUCUUGCUGUUAUGAACUCAAUAGAUGGAUAUUUCGAAACACCUUGGGUGGAGAUUCAGAUUGAACAAAUCGUUUCUCAGUUGGCCGACUUUGAUAUAAGAUGCCGUAAGUUGCCGAAGGCUAUGAAAGACUGGCCUGCGUUUAUUGAAUUAAAGAAAAAAAUUGACGAUUUCAAUGAAACCUGUCCGCUAUUAGAGCUCAUGGCUGACAAGUCUAUGAAGGAUCGGCACUGGAGGAGAUUGGAGAAAUUAAUGAAUUGCGUACUAGAUGUGGAGUCUGACACAUUUACUUUGGCGAAUGUUAUGGAAGCGCCAUUAUUGCAAAACAAGGAGGAUGUCGAAGACAUUUGCAUAAGUGCGGUAAAAGAGAAAGACAUAGAGGCUAAGUUGAAACAAAUAAUUGCGGACUGGGCGGUCAUUGAUCUGUCAUUCGCGCCGUUCAAGAAUAGAGGAGAGUUGUUGAUAAAACCCCAAGAAACGUUGGAUAUAAUAACAAUGCUAGAAGACUCUUUGAUGAUUCUGAAUUCUUUAGCCUCAAACAGGUACAAUGCACCCUUUAAAAAAGAUAUUUUGCUCUGGAUCAACAAAUUAGUUGGAACAACAGAGAUUUUGGAGAAGUGGCUUCAAGUGCAAAACUUGUGGAUGUACUUAGAAGCUGUAUUCGUUGGCGGUGAUAUCGCUAAGCAAUUGCCUGCUGAAGCCAAGAGAUUUGGAACAAUUGACAAAACCUACGUAAAAAUUAUGUACCGUGCUCGUGAUAUUAUCAAUUGCGUGGAGACGUGCGUAGCAGAUGAUACGCUGAAGCAGUUAUUACCACAUUUAUUCGAGCAGUUGGAGGCUUGUCAGAAGUCCCUCACUGGAUAUUUGGAAACAAAGAGAUUGAUAUUCCCAAGGUUCUUCUUUGUUUCGGAUCCAGUGCUUCUAGAGAUUCUGGGUCAAGCCUCAGAUCCACACUCUAUACAGCCACACUUAUUAAGUAUAUUUGAUGCUAUGUACAUGGUUGAUUUCGAUGACAAAGACAGAAUUGUGGGAAUGAAUUCGGACAAUGGCGAAAAUAUUCCAUUGGAUCGACCAGUCUCUUGUAUUGGUGGUGUCGAGAUCUGGCUAAAUACUUUACUGGAUACGAUGAAAGAUACAGUGAGAAACAUUAUCGCGAACAUCGCUCAAGCGAUGGCCGGAGACCCAGAGUUUGAAUUUUUAUCUGGAUUUUGGCACUUCCCUGGACAAGCUGGUUUAUUAGGAAUGCAAAUUUUAUGGACGAGCGACGCUGAGUAUGCAUUGAAAAAGGCUAAAGCGGACAGAUUUAUAAUGAGAUUAACCAAUCAGAAGAACUUGGAUUUGUUGAACGGCCUCAUUGAUCAAACUGUCACAGACUUGGUUCCUUUGGAUAGAACCAGAGUGGAGACUAUGAUUACUAUACACGUUCAUCAAAGGGAUAUUUUCGAUGACUUGGUAAGAAUGAGAAUAAAGACGCCAACAGAUUUCGAGUGGCAGAAACAAGCACGAUUCUACUACUUUGAAGACAGCGAUGAUUGUAUUGUUUCUAUUACUGAUGUGGACUUCUUGUAUCAGAAUGAAUACUUAGGUAUAACGGAGCGUCUUGUAAUCACGCCAUUAACUGAUCGAUGUUAUAUAACGCUAUCUCAAGCAAUUGGUAUGAGUAUGGGCGGGGCUCCAGCAGGUCCCGCUGGUACAGGCAAAACUGAGACUACUAAAGAUAUGGCUAGAACUCUCGGGAAAUUGGUCAUUGUGUUCAAUUGCUCUGAUCAGAUGGACUUUAGAGGUCUGGGCCGUAUUUACAAAGGAUUGGCCCAAUCUGGUACAUGGGGCUGCUUUGACGAGUUCAAUCGAAUUGAACUUCCCGUCCUCUCAGUGGCAGCGCAACAGAUUUACAUCUGUCUUACUGCUAGACGUGAGAAGAGAGAGUUCUUCAUUUUCAGUGAUGGGGAUGUAGUGAGUCUAAAUCCAGAGUUUGCUUUCAUCAUUACGAUGAACCCGGGAUACGCUGGAAGACAAGAAUUGCCAGAGAAUUUGAAGAUUCAGUUCCGUUCAGUCGCAAUGAUGGUGCCUGAUAGACAGAUUAUUAUCAGAGUGAAGUUAGCCAGUUGUGGUUUCAAGGAAAACAUUUUGCUGGCUCGUAAAUUCUUCACGCUGUACAAACUUUGUGAAGAGCAACUGUCAAAACAGGUGCAUUAUGACUUUGGAUUAAGAAAUAUUUUGUCUGUGCUAAGAACUAUGGGGUCACAGAAACGAGCGAAUCCAGAGAGCACUGAAGAAAAUAUAAUGAUGAGAGUAUUGAAAGAAAUGAAUGUCUCGAAAUUGGUAGAUGAAGACGAGCCAUUAUUCGUAUCAUUGAUAGAAGAUCUUUUCCCAGGAAUCAAACUUAGUCAGACUGUACAUAAAGAGAUGCAACGUGCAAUAAUUUUAGUGACAGAUCGGACGGGUCUGGUAAAUCACCCAGAUUGGAAUUUAAAGAUUAUUCAAUUGUAUGAAACGUCCCUAGUACGACACGGAUUGAUGACUAUGGGACCAACUGGGUCAGGAAAGACUACAUGUAUUCACACGCUUAUGGCUGCAUUGACCGAAGUUGGCAAACCUCAUAAAGAAAUGAGAAUGAAUCCAAAGGCCAUAACCGCACCGCAAAUGUUUGGUCGUUUGGAUGUAGCCACUAAUGAUUGGACUGAUGGCAUUUUUUCUACUUUGUGGCGAAGGGCAUUAAAAGUAAAAAAAUCGGAUACUACAUGGAUUGUUUUAGAUGGUCCGGUGGACGCUGUAUGGAUAGAAAAUCUUAACUCUGUACUCGACGACAAUAAAACGCUGACUUUAGCGAAUGGAGACAGAAUUACAAUGGCCCAAAAUAGUAAACUGGUGUUUGAGCCAGAUAAUGUGGAUAACGCAUCACCCGCUACUGUCAGCAGAAUGGGAAUGGUUUUCCUCUCAUCAUCUGUUCUUAAAUGGCAACCAAUACUUGAGGGUUGGCUUAAAAAACGAUCACCGAAAGAAAGUGAUGCCUUCCGCACAGCGUUCAAUAAAGUUUACGAUGAUGUUCAUUUGUUUGUUCAACAAAAAUUGCCUGCGAAAAUGAAGUUACUAGAAGCUAUUUAUGUCAGGCAAUGCAUAGAUGUGUUGAUUGGUCUACUGCAGAUAGAAAUACCAGGUGGAAAAUUACACACUGAUCGUCACCUGGAAAGGCUGUUUGUAUUUGCAAUGAUGUGGUCCUUGGGAGCUGUUCUCGAGUUAGAUGCUAGAACUCGUAUGGCUGAGUAUAUGACAAAGUUGCCCGUGAAGAUAGACUGGCCAGGCGCCAAAUCUAAGGAGUGGAUCAUGCCUUUUGAGUAUAUGGUUAAUGAGACUGGAGUCUGGCAACAUUGGUCGGAAAGUGUUGAAGACUACAUAUAUCCGUCGGAUAGUGUGCCAGAAUAUGCAUCGAUCUUAGUGCCGAAUGUUGAUAAUGUUUGCAUUUCAUUCUUAAUAGAAACUAUUGCUAAACAAAAUAAGGCUGUGUUACUAAUUGGGGAACAGGGUACAGCAAAAACUGUGAUGCUUAAAAGCUAUAUGGCGAAGUAUGAUAAUGAGGUCAAACUCUUCAAGAUGAUUAAUUUUUCUUCUGCUACGACUCCUAAUAUGUUUCAGCGAAUCGUAGAGUCGUAUGUAGAGAAAAGGGUGGGUAUGACAUAUGGACCACCGGGUGGACGAGCCAUGACUGUAUUUGUUGACGAUAUUAAUAUGCCAGUGGUCAACGAAUGGGGAGAUCAGGUCACCAAUGAAAUAGUACGGCAGAUGAUGGAAUGCCGUGGUUUUUACUCAUUAGAUAAACCUGGAGAUUUCUUUAUUAUCGCUGAUAUUCAAAUGUUUGGUGCAAUGAUUCACCCUGGUGGUGGACGAAACGAUAUUCCACCGAGACUUAAAAGACAAUUCAAUAUUUUCAACUGCACUUUACCCAGUAAUGUCUCAAUGGAUAAGAUUUUUGAGACCAUUAGCGCCGGCUACUUCUGUAAGAGUAGAUUUGAUAAGAAAAUCGUUGAUUUUAUGCCUAGACUGGUACCGGUCACGCGGCUUAUAUGGCAACAGACAAAGGUAAAAAUGUUGCCGACGCCUGCAAAGUUUCACUAUGUCUUCAACCUUCGAGAUUUAUCUCGGAUCUGGGAGGGCAUUCUAUUUAUUAAGAAGGAGGAACUGCCCAGCAUAAAAAUUGCUCUAAAGUUGUGGUUCCAUGAAUGUACUAGAGUUAUUUCAGAUAGGUUUACAACAUUUGACGACAAGGAUUGGUUCGUCGCUAUGUUCUGGAGGACAGCGGCACAAGAGUUACCGGACAUGGUAAGCGAAUUUCCCGAUGGAGAAACAUUCUUCGUGAACUUCCUACGGGAAGCGAUUGAUCCAACAGGGGAUGAAGAUGAAGACUUCAGUACUGAUGCGCCUAAGAUAUACGAGGAAUUACCUACGUGGGACUUUGUCUUGUUUAAGCUUGGUCAGUUCCAAGAGCAGUUCAAUGAUCAAAUUCGUGGAGCCCAUUUGGACUUGGUAUUCUUCCACGACGCAAUGGUUCAUCUCUUUAUUAUAUCCAGGAUUAUUAAUACUCCAAGAGGAAAUGCUUUGCUUGUGGGUGUGGGUGGUUCUGGUAAACAAAGCUUGACAAAAUUAGCUUCAUAUAUAGCCAACUUCUCAUUUUACCAAAUUACUUUAACAAGAUCCUACAAUGUUAACAACUUUUGUGAUGAUAUUAAAGUCCUGUAUAGAAUUGCUGGUUUACAAGGGCAGGGUAUAACAUUUAUAUUCACGGAUAAUGAUAUUAAAGAUGAGCAGUUCCUUGAGUUUUUGAACAAUAUCCUAAGUUCAGGAGAAAUUGCGAAUCUUUUCGCCAAAGAUGAAUUGGAUGAAAUCUUAAACGAACUAACUCCUAUUAUGAAGAAGUUCGCCCCCAAAAGGAUUCCAGUUCCAGAUGUCCUUUAUGAAUACUUUAUUAUGCGUUCUAGAUCUAACUUACACGUCGUAUUGUGCUUUUCACCGGUAGGAGAGAAGUUUAGGAGUCGAGCUCUCAAAUUCCCUGGUCUCAUUUCCGGUUCAACAAUGGAUUGGUUCCAAAAGUGGCCAAGAACGGCCCUGAUUGAAGUCGCUUAUCACUUCCUAAGCGAAUUCCAAGUUGUUUGUACGGCAGAAACAAAGAUACAACUCAUAGAGAUAAUGGGCAUGGUUCAGGAUAAUGUCGCCGAUACUUGUGUAAUGUAUUACGAUAGGUUUAGGAGACAAACACACGUUACACCUAAAUCGUAUUUAUCCUUUUUGGAGGGAUACAAGGUGCUUUAUAAAGAAAAACACGAAAAUAUUGCUGAAAUGGCACGAAGAAUGACUACUGGGCUGGAUAAGUUAGUAGAAGCGGCUGCUAGCGUCGAUGAGCUGAAAAAAGAAUUAGAAGUUAAAGAACUUGAAAUAAAAGAAGCCACUGCCGCAGCAGAAGAGGUAUUAGCAGCUGUCGCAGACUCGCAAGCGGCGGCUGAAGUUGUGAAAGCAGAAGUGUUAGUUGUAAAAGACCGUGCAGUGAAACUCGUCAGCGUCAUCGCGGCAGAAACUGCUGUGGCGGAGGAGAAGUUGGCAGCAGCUAAGCCGGCAUUGGAUGCGGCUGAGGCAGCUUUGCUAACUAUUAAUGCAGCCGAUAUAGCGACAGUGCGAAAGUUGGGAAAACCGCCUUACCUUAUUACUCUUAUUAUGGAUGCUGUCAUCCUUCUGUUUAGGAAGAAAAUUGAUCCAGUCAAACCAGAUCCUGACAAAGAAUUCCUUAUGGCAUCUUGGGCGGAAUCUUUAAAGGUUAUGGCAGAUUCCAGAUUCUUGAACAACUUGAAGUUCUACCCGAAAGAUGAAAUCAAUGCCGAAAUGGUUGAUUUGCUGCAGCCAUACUUCAAUUUUCCUCAAUAUACGUUUGAUGCGGCAAAACUUGCUUGUGGUAAUGUGGCCGGUUUGAUUUCUUGGACCAUCGCUAUGGCACAAUUCUAUUCAGUGAAUAAGGAUGUGUUGCCUCUGAAGGCUAAUUUGGCAAUAAUGCAGGGCAAGUACCAGGCAGCUAAGAAGGAAUUGGAGGCUGCACAAGCACAGUUGGAGGCUAAAGAACGUGAAUUACAACAUGUACAACAAAAGUUCGAUGAAGCGAUGUCCCUAAAGCAAGCAGUGUUAGAUGAUGCGGCCAAAUGCCAACAGAAGAUGGACGCCGCUACAGCACUUAUUAAUGGACUUAGUGGGGAAAGAGUUCGUUGGACGGAACAGUCAGCCUUGUUCAAGUCUGAGAUUGAGCGAUUGGUUGGGGAUAUAUUGUUACUCACUGGAUUCUUAUCUUAUUCGGGGCCAUUUAAUCAAGAGUUCCGUAACCUAUUGAAUUCGAAUUGGCUUGCUGAGUUACUAAAAAGAAAGAUACCUGUAUCGAUGAAUUUGAAUAUUACUGAUCAGCUUACUGAUACGGCAACGAUUGGGGAGUGGAACUUAUGCGGCCUGCCAACUGAUGAGCUGUCCAUUCAGAACGGUAUUAUAGUAACGAAAGCUGCCAGAUUCCCUCUACUGAUAGAUCCCCAGACACAAGGGAAGAUAUGGAUUAAGAACAUGGAGAGAUAUAACGAUCUUAUUGUGACGACACUAAAUCAUAAAUAUUUUAGAAACCAUAUAGAAGACUGUGUGUCGUUAGCUAGACCCUUACUCAUAGAAGAUGUUGCAGAGGAGUUAGAUCCGGCUUUGGAUAAUAUUUUAGAGAAAAAUUAUAUUAAAAUUGGGUCUUCAUACAAGGUGAAAUUGGGAGACAAGGAAAUAGACGUGAUGGCUGGACAUAAAAUAUAUAUUACGACCAAGUUGCCUAACCCCGCGUAUACGCCUGAGAUAUCAGCGCGAACGUCCAUUAUUGACUUUACUGUCACUAUGCAAGGUUUGGAAGACCAGUUGUUAGGACGUGUAAUUUUGACUGAGAAGGCUGAAAUGGAAGCUGAACGUACUCAACUUAUCAUGGAUGUCACUGCUAACAGGCGAAAGAUGCAAGAGCUGGAAGCGAACUUGCUCCACAAACUAACAACUAUACAGGGGUCAUUAGUUGAAGAUGUGUCUCUUAUACAAGUGCUGAAUAUCACUAAGGCUACUGCUACUGAGGUCAGAGAAAAACUGGAUGUAGCGAAAGAAACUGAAAUAAAGAUUAAUGCAGCUCGUGAAGAAUUUCGACCAGUUGCAACCCGAGGAUCUGUUUUAUAUUUCCUUAUUUGCAACAUGUCUCUUGUGUGCAACAUGUACCAGACGUCUUUGGCACAAUUUUUGGAAAGAUUUGAUAUAUCGAUGGAGAGAUCCACCCCAAGUCCUAUAACUUUCAAGAGAAUUGCCUUAAUUAUUGACUAUUUGACCUACGAUGUAUGGAAGUAUAUCAGCAGAGGAUUCUAUGAGAGUCACAAAUACCUUUUCACGCUACUUUUGACUUUGAAAAUUGAUUUACAAAAAGAAUACAUUACUUAUGAAGAAUUCCAAACAUUUAUCAAAGGUGGAGCGGCUUUAGAUCUGAACGCAUGUCCCCCGAAGCCAUUUAAGUGGGUGACAGAUAUGUCGUGGCUUAAUUUAGUGCAGCUUUCAAAUCUACGCCAAUACACUAAUAUAUUAAACCAAGUCACCAAUAAUGAGAAGGGUUGGAAGUCAUGGUUUGACAAAGAAGCUCCGGAAGAUGAACCCUUGCCUGAUGGUCUUCAUACAUUGGACGUGUUCAGGAAAUUACUUGUAGUACGAGCUUGGUGUCCAGAUAGAACUUUGGCUCAAAGUUUAAAAUAUGUGGUGUUUUCUAUGGGUUCAAGAUAUUCUGAGGCAGUCAUCGUUAACUAUGAAGGCAUGGUUCUAGAGUCUCGCCCAUUGGUUCCGUUGAUCGGUUUCUUAGCUAUGGGCUCAGACCCGACACCGUCGAUUGAAACUACCGCGAAGAGAUUAGAAAAUCUCUGUUCUUCGAUAUCCAUGGGACAGGGGCAGGAAGUGCAUGCUAGAAAGCUGAUUGAUAAGGGUUUGAAAGAGGGUCUAUGGGUGCUACUGCAAAACUGUCACUUGGGCCUAGAGUACAUGGUUGAGAUUAUGGAACAGUUUGCUGAACUUGAAAAGGAACCGGAAAAAGUUCAUGAGAUGUUUAGGUUAUGGAUAACCACGGAGCCGCAUGAUAAAUUUCCUAUCACAUUGCUACAAAUGGCGAUCAAAUAUACAUGCGAGCCGCCAUCAGGUAUCAAGGCUGGCUUAAUGCGCACGUAUGAUUCCAUGAGUCAAGACUUUUUGGACUACAGCGACAGCCCAUUUUACCUUCCCCUUAUUUACACAAUAUCAUUCUUACACACUGUGGUACAAGAGAGGCGUAAAUUUGGUCCGCUCGGCUGGAAUAUUCCUUACGAGUUCAAUUCAGCCGAUUGGCUUGCUUCUUGCAUGUUUGUACAGAAUCAUUUAGAUAUAUUGGAGCCUGGCCAGUCAGUCAGUUGGACAACUGUGAGAUAUAUGAUAUCUGCAGUACAAUACGGCGGUCGUGUAACAGACGAUUAUGAUAAUCGACUUCUCGGCACAUUCACAAGAGUCUGGUUCGCCGAUCAAUUAUUUGACGAAGAUUUCCAGUUUUAUAAGAGCUAUGGUAUCAUGAAAUUUAAAAAUAUCCCAGAAUAUAUUGAGGAGAUUGACAAAAUGAAAACUGUCGAUCCGCCUCAGGCUUAUGGAUUGCAUACAAAUGCCGAUAUUACGUACCAGCGUAGGGUGACACAGGAUCUACUAGACACAAUUCUCUCCAUUCAACCAAAAGAAUCAAGUUCUGGGGGCGGAGAAACCCGGGAGGCGUCGGUGUAUAGGCAGAGUAAAGAAAUGCUGGAAAAAGUUCCACCCAACUUCGAUCCUCACGAAGUAAAAGAGAGAUUGAGACAUUAUGGUAUUCUUAACUCGAUGGUAAUAUUUUUGCGACAAGAAAUAGACCGAAUGCAGAAAGUAAUAUCUCUCGUUAGAACCACUUUAAAGGACCUCCUCCUCGCUAUUGACGGAACUAUUAUUAUGAAUGAAGCCUUGCGUGACUCCUUGGACAAUAUUUACGAUGCCAAGGUUCCAAAGAUAUGGCUGAAGAGCUCAUGGUCUUCAUCAACUCUGGGUUUCUGGUUUACUGAGUUUUUGGAGAGAAAUAUCCAGUUCUCUUCGUGGUGUUUCCAAGCACGACCUUUCUCUUUUUGGAUGACUGGAUUUUUUAAUCCUCAAGGUUUCCUGACGGCGAUGCGGCAGGAAGUGACUCGAGCCCACAAAGGUUGGGCCUUGGACAUGGUUGCUUUACACAAUGACGUCACUAAAUUUACCUACGAGGAAAUUAAGGCACCACCACCGGAAGGCGUAUUCGUGCACGGCUUGUUCCUCGAUGGCGCGGGCUGGGAUCGUCGGAACUUACGAUUGUGCGAGUCCACGCUAAAGGUUCUAUACACCGCACUGCCUGUGGUUCAUGUAUACGCCAUUAACUCUACUGCACCGAAGGACCCGAAACUUUAUCAGUGUCCCGUCUAUAAGAAGCCGGUUCGCACAGGAUUAACAUUCAUUACUCCCUUGUGGUUGCCAACUAUAAAAAAUCCCGACCAUUGGAUUCUUAGGGGUGUUGCUAUAUUGUGUGAUAUUAAAUAAUGUAUCUUGUUUAUUAACUGUCAUACUAUUGUAAAAGCAUGUCGUCGUAAGUCCCAAUUUUGGUGAGAAGUGCUUCCAGUCUUACUAUAAUUACACAACAUUAGUAGCAAUUUCGGUUUUACUAAGUCUGUUUUUUUGCAAACGGUUUUAGAAAUGCUACAUCCAUCACCCGACUAUCGUUAAGAAUGUACAAUAAAAAUGUUACAACGAAACGAAACGUACUGAAAUUUAGAGAUAUACUUAAUUAUUUUUAUCUUACAGCACUAAUUUGAUGUUCACUGGAAGCACCAGUUAGGACGGUAAAGUUGUCAUAAAUGAAAUAGGAGGUAUGACAUCUCUUUAAUUUAUAUUUGGAAAUAACAGAUUUUUCAGUUUCAGGAGAUAUUAUUUAAAUCAUGUUACUUAUUAUUUCUUUAUAUAUUUUUAAAACAGGUUAAAAUAAAUACUUAAUACUU